UGCCCGCCAUGGCAGUGUCGAUGGAGGGAGGUGGGGGGCUGGAAGCGGCGGCCUUCCUUCCCGGCCCAGCGCCUGCCCGGGCUGACUCCAGAGGAGCAUGUGCAGUGUCCCCCGGGGGAGCAGCUCCUUCCACAGGCUGAGCAGCCGAGAAGAGGGCCGAGGGGUCAGGGCCAGGCGGAGCGUGGACUCCACCUUUGACCGCAGGGGAGACCCUCGGAAGCAAGCAGGGACUUUGGCUAAGAGCAUCGGGACCCUUGUAGGGCCCUGCAAGGACCCCACGCGGAUCACCUCGCCCAACGACCCCUGCUUCCUUGUAAAGGGCGACUCCAGUGCUGGCAGUGUCAGCAGCCACGGUGGCUCCAGCGGCACUUUUAGCAGCUCCGUGUCCAGCUCCGGCGGUGGGCCCGGCAGACCCAGUGUCUCCCAGGGUGGCUCUUCAGGAACUGUGCUGUUUAAGCCGGGGCCGGGCUAUUCCCAGACCAGCUACUCCUCUGGGUCCAGCUCCAGCUACAGCGCUCAGGGCAACUCCGGCUCUUCCCAGUCGGGAAGCAAAAACCGCGGGCCAGGGAACGGCUCCGCUCUGCCAACCGAUGAUGACUCCUCGCACUCAGCGUCGAGCUCGUCCCAGUCCCAGUCCCAGUCCCAGUCCCAGUCCCAGUCCCAGUCCCAGUCCCAGUCUGGAGGAAGCUCGUCCACCUCCCAAACCUCUGGGUCGUGGGGCAGCUCCAACCUGCGGCCCUGCAGCUCCGACAUCCCUGACUCUCCCUGCAGCGGGGGGCCCGUGGUCUCACACUCCGGGCAGUACAUCUCCAGCUCCCACUCCGUCUCGGGCGGGAAGAGGCCCGUGGUGGUGGUGGUGGAGCAGCAUGGCUCUGGGGGUCCCGGAGCGGUCCAAGCUGUCCCUUGUAGCAACGGUGGCCUCCCGGGCAAGCCCUGUCCUCCCAUCACCUCUGUGCAGCAGCCCUACGGGGGCUACGAGGUGGUGGGCGGCUCCUCCAACAGCUACCUCGUGCCAGGCAUGACCUACAGCGGGGGCAAGAUCUACCCCGUGGGCUACUUCACCAAGGACAGCCCGGUGAAGGGCGCCCCAGGGGCCCCCGCGCUUGCAGCUGGGCCCCCGGUCUCCGAGGGCAAGUACUUCUCCAGCAACCCCAUCAUCCCCAGCCGCCCGGCCACCGGUUCCUUCCAGUCGGGAGUGCCCCCCGCCAUCGCCUUCCAGCCCGUGGGCUCCGGCGGGGUCCAGCCCUGCGGAGGCGGCCCCACGGGCUCUAAGGGGCCCUGCGGGCCCUCGGGUUCUGUCGUGCACAUCAGUUCCGGCAUUUCCAGUGGGUCCAGCUCCUCCUACCACCCCUGCGGAGGUUCCCUCCAGGGCCCCUGCUCCCCACCUGGCCCCGGCUCCUUCAGCGGCAGCUCCAGCUCCCUGUCGGGCACCAAAGUCAUCCUUCAGCCCUGUGGCAGCGUGUCCGUGCCCGCUGGCCACCCUUGCAUUUCUGUGUCCUCUUCGACCUUGAGCGGGCGUCCUGACGGCUCUCCUCUGCCCGACCCCUCUGCUGGUGCCAAGCCCUGUGGCCUCCACAGCUCCGGAAGGGUCCCCUGCCGCUCCAUCCGGGACAUCCUGGCCCAAAUACAGCCGCUGGGGCCCCAGCUGCCCGACCCCGCCGUCUUCCUACCCCAGGGAGAGGAGCCUGCGAGUUCCUGAGCCAGUUUCAGAUGCACGUGCACGGAACACACGUAUACACACGGCGCACACACGUGCACACACGUGCACACACGCCAGCUCCCAGCUGGGAGACACUGGCCGGCCGGGCUCAGCCCCCUUCCCCCGCCCCCAGCCGCUCUGCUUCCUCCACUACUCCAGCGCCAGAGUCCCUGGUCACCCUCCGGUGUCCGUCGUGUGCAGGGCUCCCAAGCCCUUUCCCGCUUCUCCCCCGCUGCCCGGCUGUGACCCGCCGCUCUGCCAUCUGUGCCAGGUCGCACGGCCCGGCCGGCUCUCCUGCCGUCUCUGGGACGACCAGGACGCGCCCCGGCUAAGCCCCCUGUUCAGGGUCUCGGCUGGAAACCCCCGAAACGCUCUCAGCCCUCUGAUGCCGGAGACAUCACCCCUGACUCCCCCUCUGCCAAAUAAAGCAAAGUCCAAGCCAUUCCCCAAACAACGCCCAGGGCUCCCGGAGCUCGGCCAGCCUGCAGCGCCGUCGGGUUAUCUGUGUGAGGACGAGCAGGCGUCGGGGGUCGCAGGUGUCUUGGAGACAGAAGCAGCGGCCUGCUCUCCCCGGAUCCCGGACACUGCUCAAUAAACUGCUGCAACUCGA